UGUAUUUUUUGUCUUUCAUGCAGGACCGGACCACAACCCAGUGAGCUCCUCUUGCAUGGAAACRCUGCUUCCCUGGCAAUCUCCUCCUCCCUAGAGCAAGCAGCCAGCAUGGCAGGAUGAGCCUCUGCCAGCGUUAAUGAUGGCCAAUAAAAAAGAUGCCCGGGCACCUGUCUAUAACCUGGUUGUGGUUGGGUUGUCCGGGACGGAGAAGGAGAAAGGCCAAUGRGGUGUGGGCAAGUCCUGCCUGUGUAACCGCUUUGUUCGGCCAAGUGCUGAUGACUUUUACCUGGAUCACACCUCCGUUUUAAGCACCAGUGACUUUGGAGGCCGUGUGGUAAACAAUGACCACUUCCUCUACUGGGGAGAGGCAUCAAGGACAAUGGAGGAGGGCUCAGAAUGCCGCAUGAAUGUGGUGGAGCAGACAGAGUUUAUUGACGAUCAGACGUUCCAGCCGCACCGUAGCACGGCACUUCAGCCCUACAUCAAGAGAGCAGCUUCCARCAAGCUGGCUUCAGCUGAAAAGCUGAUGUACUUUUGCACAGAUCAGCUUGGACUGGAGCAGGACUUUGAGCAAAAGCAAAUGCCAGAAGGAAAGCUGGUGGUGGAUGGGUUUUUACUUAGUGUUGAUGUUAGCAGGGGUAUGAACCGCAGCUUUGAGGACCAGAUGAAGUUUGUUACCAACCUCUAUAACCAGGUAGCCAAAACGAAGAAACCUGUGGUAAUAGUUCUCACCAAAUGUGAUGAAGGAGUUGAGCGCUAUAUCAAAGACUGUCACGCUUUUGCUCUUGCCAAGAAGAACCUACAGGUGGUAGAAACAUCAGCACGAUCUAAUGUCAAUGUUGACCUGGCAUUUCUCACACUGGUUCAYCUCAUUGACAAGAGCAGGGGGAAGCCCAAAAUCAUCCCUUACUAUGAGGCACUGAAACAGCAGAGUCAACAGAUUGCUUCAGCCAAAGAUCGCUAUGAAUGGCUGAUCAACAAAAUUGUGAAGAACCAUAAUGACACCUGGCCUGUUGUCAAUCGUAUGAUGCAGACAGACUCUGAGUACAAAGACUAUGUUUUUCUUGAGGGAACAGCUAAAGCAAAGAAGCUCUUCCAGCAGCAUGUGCACAGACUUAAACAAGAACAUAUAGAGAAACGCAGGAAGGCCUAUCUAAGUACUCUACCACAAGCRCUAGCUGUACUUCUACCAGAUUUGAAUGAAAUAGACCAUGUCAGCUGGUCUGGAGUUCAGAAAGUUCUAGAGGCAAAGAGAGAUUUCUCUCACUGGUUUGUAGUGCUAGAUGAUACUCCUUGGGAGACCACACCCCAUAUUGACAACAUGGAGGAUGAUCGAAUCCCCCAGGAUCUCCUGGAGACGCCAGCGGCUCAAAAUAUUUACGAAACCCAUCUGGAUCAGCUACGAACUGAGCGAAAACGAGCUGAAAUGAGGUGGGAGUUCAAGGAAAUGCUAAGCGUUUCUCCUGACAUCACUCCCGGGAAACCAUGGGAAGAGGCCCGAACAUUAAUCAGGAAUGAAGAUUUUUACCAAUGGCUAGGUGAAGCUGAAUAUUUAGAUAUCUACAACAAACACCAAAAGGAAAUCAUAGACCGAGCAAAAGAAGACUUUCAGGAACUGCUUCUUGAGUACUCUGAGCUUUUUUACGAGCUUGAAGUUGAUGCAAAACCAAGUAAAGAGAAAAUGGCAGCCAUUCAGGAGGUGUUGGGUGAGGAACAAAGAUUUAAAGCUCUACAAAAACUGCAAGCAGAAAGAGAUGCUCUAAUACUAAAACAUAUCCAUUUCGUUUACCAUCCGACAAAAGACACAUGUCCCAACAACCCCCACUGCGUGGACAGUAAGAUAGAACAGAUACUGGCCUCCAGAUUCCCCACUCGAUACCCAUCAACAGACAGUUCACGGCCUGACGUGGGGAGGGCUGAACGCAUAAAUCUGGUCAUUCUUGGAAAGAAUGGACUAGCCAGAGACAUGGCAAAUGAGAUGAGGACAUGGUGCUCCAGUGAUGAUCGGUACGUGUUAGAUGGCAAAAUAUAUGAGUUAGCUCUUCGUCCUAUAGAAGGCAACGUACGUCUUCCCGUGAACUCAUUUCACACACCAACUUUUACACCACAUGGAUGCUUGUGUUUGUACAAUUCAAGGGAAUCCCUUUCUUAUGUUGUUGAGAGUUUAGAAAAGCUUAGAGAGUCAACUAUAAGCAGAAGAGAAAGGGAAAAUAGCUUAGCUCAACUCCCACUGUCACUCCUUCUGGUCACUAAAAGGGGUGUUGGGACAAUAGGGGAUAUUGGAGGGGAAACGGCACAAACUCUUACACAGCAYGGGCAGCAGGUGGCUCUAAAGUUGCAGUGUGCCUACCUAGACCCUGCCUCUCCAGGCUUGGGUUAUGGUCGCAAUAUCAGUGAGAGGCAGAUUAACCAGAUGCUAAGGAGCCUCUUAGAAACACGGAGGAAUGUUGGUAGUGGCUCCCCCAUAUUACAUCCUCCAUUCUCUGCCUUCAGAGACUCUCAGUCCCAGCCAGUGCUUGAAGCAGAUCUCAGGAUAGUUGUGUGCCUYAUGUGUGGAGACACCUAUGAUCUAGACCAGUUGCUUGCUCCCUUCCUUUUGCCUCAUCAUUGUCGCCCUGCGUCCAGCCUAAGCAGUGGCACAUCAGUUAUUCUAGAUCUCAAUAUAGGAGGUCAGAGACAGAAUGUUGAGCUGUCGAUUCUCUCAUUUCAUUCAUCGUUCUCCAUCCGCAAAACUGGCCUGGUCCAUGGCUAUAUUACGGUUUACUCUGCUCGCCGCAGGGCCUCWAUGGAGACAAUGUGUGCUUUUCUUUGUGAGGUCCAAGACAUAAUUCCAGUCCAGUUGCUAGCAGUAGCAGAAAGUCAGAUGGAGCUAACAGACUCUGAUUCCGCUAAGGAGCAAGUCAGUCAGGGAGAGGACCUCGCCAAUGAAAUAAAUGCCAGAUUUAACACAGUGAUUUGUGGACAUGGUGGAGUAGUGGGGGGGCUUCAUAAAAUAGACCUUUUCCAGUCUUUCUUCAAAGAGGUUCUGGAGAAGCGCACUGUUGUUGAGGCCACUCACAUGUAUGACAAUGUGGCUGAGGCUUGUACCAAUGAGAGCAUUAGCCCUCGUUGUGGUUCCCCAAGUCCUGUCAACACUCUCAUGGACUCUGAGGAUGAUAUUGAUCCUUCACCACCCUACCCUUCUAUUAGAGACCCUGGUGGCCUUGGUUCCAACCUGGGAAACUUCAAGCUGCCAGAUCUGGAUUCAAAUGAAACAUUAUCUGUUAUUUCUGAGCUUAGUGUUUUUGAGAGCAAGCUGAACAACAAGGUUCCUCCACAAGUGAAGCCCAAGCCUAUCCGUAAGGUAAAUCUUGGCCCCUACAUGGACCAGCAAGGAGGCACCAACCGACCUUCUUUGCCCCAAGCUGUAUCCUGGGCACCUGGUACGGACCGUGGCUAUGACCCUUCAGACUAUGCAGAGCCUAUGGAUGCUGUAAGCAAACCUCGAAUCACAGAGGAGGACGACAUUUACUCCGUUCCUCAUGAUAGUACACAGGGCAAAAUUAUUACCAUCCGCAAUGCCAACAAGGGUCACGCCAAUGGAAGUUCGGCAGGAAAUGGGUCGGACAGUGACGCCGAUAGCAGCUCGCUGGAGCGAAAGAGAAAGAUGUCUGCUAUUGCUGUGAAACCUAAGCUGUACAGAGACAGAUCUAAACGGCUUGGGAAGUUCAGCAGUUUUAGGACAAGCUUCUCACUUGGCAGUGAUGAUGAGAUGGGUCCACCCAGGACUGGCCAAGAUGAGGGAGGACCUCCGAAAGAAUCAAUUGAAGAGGGCGAGGAUCAUAAAAAAAUGAAUAUUCUCUGGAGCUUGCGCAGAAAUACAAAGAAACAAGUGCGAUCCAAACCCAGGCAUUCCAGCUCCAAACCACCUGAAAGCAACUACUUCGGCAUGCCGCUCUCGACGGUGGUCACCCCUGACCGGCAGAUCCCAGUCUUCAUUGAGAAAUGCAUCCGGUUCAUCGAGACGACAGGUAAGAAUCUUCAGAUACYUCACGUGUGAUUCUCCACAGCCUGU